AUGCGGGGAGCGCCACAGCACCCCCUCCAUACAAUUCCCCCCAGCCCCGGCUGUGACCCCUUUGUCUCGCUUUCCCCUGCCCCCCGUCCGUCUGCCUGUCCCCCCUGCACCGGGUUCGGUGCUCACGACCCUGCCGGGGUCCCUCUGACGGCCGCCGUAGCGGCGCGGCCCGGGCCUCGGGGCUCCCGAGAGGAGAAAAUCAUGAAUGAAAUGGAUGCGGUGCUCCCGCUCCCCCGCCCUCCCUGUCCAGGCAACCUCGGCGCGGGCGCAGUGUCUGCGGGGACUCCAAGCGGAGUUGCGGGGUGCAGGCGCCCGAGAUCAGGGUCAAGCAGGGAUGAAGGGUCUGUGAUCCCGCCCGACUCGGGCCCCGGACGCCGCCGGAGCUCCCCGCCCCCCCGCCCGCCAGCCCCGCGGGCCCUGCGCAAUUCCCGGGGAGCCGCGCAAGCCCGCCCGGGGGCGGGGCGGAGCCGGGGCCGAGGGUGCCGAGCGACCCGGCGGCUGCGCCCGAGACUCUGCAGCCGAAGCCCGUUUGGCGAGGCGGCCCGGCGAGGGAGCGCGCACGGAGCGCGGGACAGAGCGCAGGGCAGACGGACCCACGGACAGACGGACGCCCCCGCACACGCAGACGCGCAGAGCUCCGCGAGGUCCCCGUCACAUACACACAUUCACACACUCGCGCUGACACACACAGGGACACACGCACACUCGCGCGCGCACAUCCUCCCGCCAGCCUGCCCGCCCGCUCGCCGGCGCCCGGAGCCCUCUGGCCGGGAGGCCCGGCAACUGAGAUCUCCUCCAGACCCCCGGGCGGAGAAGCCGGCGCCCGCCCCCGCCACGCCCCCAUGGGGCUCCCGACGCCCCCGGACUGGGGGAGGGGUCCUCCACGCCCGGGAGGGGACCCGAUGCUGGGGAGAGGAGAGGGAGCAGCAGCCACUCCCCACGAAGCUCGUGCGCGGUUCCCGAGAGGGGAGGGAUCGCGAUGGCGGUCCCGGGUCCGAGCCUCUGCUGCCGUGGCGGGUGCGCGGCUCUUGCCUGCAUUACCUUUCCAGGGUCCGAAGCUCCGGGGGGAGGUUGGAGAUCGCCGCUAGCCCGCUGGCCUUGUUAACCGUGGCUCCCAGCCUUCGCUUCGCCUCCCCCGACCGUGUAGCUUAA